GUCUGUCUGCUCCGUCUUGUCCUACACCGUCUCCCCAGUGACUUUUUAUUAUCUCCAUCUUGAUCUUCAGCGUCGCGUUUGUUUCCAUAUAGACCGACCUAGGUAUACCUCCUAGACCAGCCAUGGCGCCCGGACUCAGCGAACCACUUCUUACCACAGACGCAUCGUCGUCGCAAAGACCCCAACCGAAGCAAUCAUCCCCUCCCUCGCUUUUCCACCACAGUCUGGUCACCGCAGACCCGGAUGCCUUCAAAUUCCAGGCCUCAGCCUCGCUGCAGCUGCGCUUCGGCCCUCCCCAACUCAUGACCACCGCCCCAUCAGAUAAUCUCCUCAUCGCAUCACCGUACAACGACCCCGCACACCUCCUGGACCUUCGUCGUAUCGACACCCCCAACCAGCUCCUCGCCAAAGCGCUGACCAUCCUCACACCCACCCGUCCCGACUACGCGACAGCCCCGUACACCGAGUCAUUCAACUGGACGGACGUCUUCGACCUGCUGCGCGAGUUGGCCCGCGUCGAGGGCUACCACUGGACGCGCCAGGACUUUUAUGUGGUGGUAUUCCGGUCUGUGUUGCUGGUCGAUGCCGACCUGGAUUAUCUGCACUCGCUGGACGACCAUUCGCAUCAGGAGGCGACGGCGAGCGGGGGCUUGUUGAAGUACUGGUUUGGGUCCAAGAACGAGGCGCACCAGAAUCUGGCGACCUGUAAGUUUAUACGAAAAAAAUAAAAAUAAACGUGUUCACGGUUCCAUGUUGGCUGACUGACUGGCGUACUAGGCAUCUGGAGAAAUCGGGAGGAUGCGCGACUGGGAGGAACGGGCCCGUGGCAUAAGCGAGCACGUGGAGCUGCACGGGAGUUGUAUGAAAGGAUUGAUUUCUCGACGCUGAGAUUGGUGGUCGAGGAUGGUGCUGAGACCUGGGCCAUUACCGAGUGGGUGGACGAGGCGUAACCGUGGUUUGGGUAGUCGGGUGUUAUGAUUUGGCUCUGGGGGUGUUUGGGAUUGGACUCUGGUUGGCUAGAUAGUGUUUUUUUUUUGCUGGACUGUGCCUGUUAGAUAACAUAGCGAUGUUAGAUGAUUAAUAUCAUGGAGUUAUUUGACGACAGGAUGGAUGCUUCUG